CACCCAGUUGUUUAAAACAGUUUCCCAAGACUUGUCAUCUGAUGAUACUACUCAUCAAUACUAUCAUACUACUUUGCCGCGUACAUCUCUAGUAGUGAGAGUUCGGGUCGUAGUUGGGCUUCAGUUGAGUAGGAGGCUAACCGACAAAUCCAAAUCUGUGCCUGCGCUGCCUCUUGCCUCCGUUCCCCGAUCAAUGCUGUCGUCCGCCGCCGCCGCCUCUCGCCGAUUCGCCAUGCCCCAACCAGCUAGCUCCGGCUCCACGUCUCGACGCUUCGACUUUCCCGAUUCGGUCCUCCUCGACACGGUAGCGCACGCGGACGGCUGUGGCGACGACGCAACCACCGCCAGGGCGGAGACGAGCGAUGGCCUUCCCAUCGAGGUGUCUUUCGUGGCCGCCGACCCACCCACCUUCACCCGCUGCGUCGUCCGCUGCUCCGGCUUGACGGCGGGCGAGUUCUCGAAGGGGCCGCCCUUCAUCAUCGGCGCGGACGGCGCCUUCCUCGUCAUACGCGUCAUCUUCCCCUGCCGCUCUGACCGACGUUGUUUUACCGACUUCUUCGUCUACAGGUCGGGCCCUGGGACACCGUUGCUCGAGCUCCUCCGGCGCCCCUACCCGGUUAAGCACCUGUCCGACCACCUCGGCAUACUAUCCUGUGGCGAGCACUUCUUGGUCGUCAACCCCAAAUGGCAAUUCCACGCCGAUGGUCAGGUGAGGUGCGACCUGCAUGUCUUCUCGAGCAAGACCACGUCGUGGGAAAGUAAGGUCGCAAGGCUGCCAUGUGGCGUGGAGGCGUAUAUCGGUGAUUUUAUACCCACCAAAGUGUUGUCCGUUGAAGGACGAUCGAUUGCCUGGGUUGAUCUCUGGAACGGGAUACUGCUCUUCGACUCGGUCACCAGCAACCCCGAGGUGCGCCUGAUACAGCUGCCCCCGUUGAUGCCCAUCAACGGUAGGUACCUCAGAGGAGGGGGUUUGGAUGAUACCUAUAUUUCUGUGGAUCCAAAUCGAGAUAUCACCUGUAGUAAUGGCUGGUUCAGGUUCAUUGAGAUGGGAUUCCCGCUGUUGGAUGGCAGCACUGGACAGUUAAACUUUCGGUGGCAGGCCACCAUGUUCAAGAGGUUGGUUCGUCCAGAGGAAUGCCAAUGGGAGCCAUGCGGCACCGAAACUGACUCUGCAGAGCUGGUGUGCGCCGAUUCGUGUUCCCUUGAUUUGUUGCCUGUGAUUUGGGAUUCCAAGGACAACCAGCUGACCUUUACGAACUUGAUUUGUACUUACCCCACAAUGGAUUUGUACGAUGACAAUAUUCUUUAUGUAAUGGCCAAGAUGAAGGGUACUGAUCCAAGUGGUUGGGUGCUCUCUGUCAACACCGAGAACAAGAAGCUAGAGAAAGUCUCACCGUUUUCCUAGGAAAUUCUGUUUUUCCAUCGCAUCUACCUGCAAUGUGACCUUUUCAAGCACCUCGGCAAGGCUCCAGGUGAUCUUAUUGAUACGCCUUCCACUACCAUGCAAAACUAUAUUAAUUCUUUGCUAGCUUAAUAAUGGGAAGCAUUUUAAUUGAUGUAAAGAAGAGGUUCGGCACUAGUAGUACGCAAUUAGUCUUAUGAAUUUAAUCUUAAGGUGUGGGUGGACCUUGCCAUGUCACCUAGUCUUAACAACCAUGCAUCUGCUACUUAAGUGUGGCAUUUUUUUCUUUUGUUGUUGUGUAACAGUUUUGUUGUGCCUUUAUUUUUUGAGAGUCUCACUUGACCAAGGUACUGGAUAAACACACCAACAGGUAAUUUGUAGCUGUUAUUGGUACAGUGGUUACACAUUUGCUGUCUAAUGCUAAUAUGCUGCAUCUUGACAUGUGUGCCACUUAUUGCUAUUGUUGAAUUAUAUCAGGGAAAUGAUUGAAUUGUUAGAUACCAAUCUUCUUGCUGCAUUGGAGCAGCUCCAGAAUAUAGAGACACACAUAGAAUCUUUGAAGAGAAGGUACAAUUGGAGUAUGCCAUUGGUCUCCUCUAAUUCGGCAUCAUCUCUCGAUCCAAAAAUUCGAUAUGAGGCAGAUAGCUCAAAUAGUGACAGUGGCACUCAUGCUGUUUCUGAAUAUUUACGAUUAAUGGGAGAUCUUACGUUGCAGCUUUUGGCCCCUAUUGAUGUAACAAAAAGCAAGAUCAGAGUGGCCCAUGGUGCCUUAUACAAACUCAUGGGAACUUUGCCAUCUGAUGUUCUGGAUAAAUAUUUCGUGGAGCGUACCAGCUUUUCUGGACCUGAACGAACAAAGGAUGCUGCUGUGCAGAGUCAAGGAUCGCUCAGAUUAUUAUAAGAGUGUCAAGACACUUAGGAUUGGUCUUUUGUUUUGUUUGUACUUAGCAAAGUACAAGUGUGUUACAACGGUUUUUAGAAAAAUGAAAAGGCUCGGAAAAAAGAGAAUGUGGUGUGUAGACGGUCUACCGAGGCCGCGACAUGGAUGGAGAGGACAAUCGUUCCAUGAUUGAAGGAGGUAAUGAGACGCUACGAUUCAAAUUCAAAUUUGAAUUUGAAUUUGAAUAUUAGUUUAUAGACCUAAAAUUUAUAAGU